AUGUCAGCUCCUGCUCUACCAGGCGCCGUAGCCAGCCCCUCAUCACAGACCGGUGCUCCAGCAGCCCAACGAGCACGCGAGAUCCAAGACGCACUCAAAUCAAUCGUUCUUCAAACCGCCUCCACCCUUCGAGCCAAAACCCAGCUUGCGCGGCUACAGUCGUCUAUCCCUCCAUCAUCAAGCACUGCAGCAGCAGACGUCAGUGCUGUAUCAUCCGGCUUGGAUCAGCUCACCGGCGAAUGUACACGUUACCUCUCACUGGUACAUGGUCUGCGCGACUACUUGCUGCAUGCACAAGCAGCACUAGAGAUCGAGCUAGAAGCAGCGACUCAGAGAGAAGCAGAAGAGUCCAAGAGAGCAGCAGAAGCAGCGGCAGAGGCAUUGAAGAAGCAGCAGCAAGCAGAGGCAGAAGCAAAGAAGAAGGCUAAGGUGGAAGAGGAACGAAAGAAGAAGAAGGAUGAGGAGAAGGCCAAGGCUCAACCUGCAGAAGAGAGUAAGAAGGAAGACCUGACCGAGACAGGAGAUGGGAAGAAGGAUUCAGGAGCAGAUGACUCGUUUUCUGGAUUGACGACUCCGCCAUUACCACCUGCGAAGAGUGAAGGUGCGGAAAUGAAGCCCGGUUCUAACGAGGCGAAGAAGAAAGACCCUGGCAAAGCGGCAAACGAUGCCAUUGUUAUCGAUAGUGAUGGAGAUGACGAUGAAGACGAUGUGCCACUUGCCUUUGCACCCAAGGCUGGUGCAGCAGAAGGUAGUUCGAAGGCGAUCGAUCUCACAGAAUCACCUGCUCUUGCCAACGCUGCUAAGCCACUUCCCUCCGACACCAAUAGCACCUCCGUGCCAGCCUCCAUAGCAACAGACGCAGCAGCAGCAACAACAACAACAACAACAACAACUCAGGACCCAACGCCAUCUACCUCUACCGAUACUGCUGCUGCAGGCGGCAUCCAAGGAUUGGACCUCUCAGCAUUUGGCAUCAACCUCUCAUCCCUCGGCAACUUCGCUGAUCUCUCCUCCCUCGGUAUACCCUCACUCAACACCGCCUCGUCCUCCACAGAUACAUCGAACCCCCUGGUACCAGCAACAGACUUUUCAGAACUGGAAAAGAUGAUGGGCAUGGACUUUUCAUCCGCUAACAACACCACCUCCUCCGCCACGGGCGACACGAAUACAGGCGCACAGGACUUCUCUUCACUAGGCAACUACAACCUUGGCAGCCUCGGGGGCAAUACUGGAUUUGGAGAUGAUAAUGACUUGUUCGGCGCAGGUAGCGGCGGGAUAGACCUCAGCCAAUAUGACUUUUCAUCACUAGGGGGCAGUGGUGAUGCCGGUGCGGGAGGUGUUGAUUUGAGACGUUCUUGA